CGAGGCGGGCCGGCGGAGCGAGAUCAUGUGAGAGUCCACGCGCCUGAUGUAGGUUAGAGCGAAAAGCCAGGGAGAGGUAGAGGGGAAGGAAAGAGAAAGAGGUGGGAAGAGGAGUGCAUUGUUUUAUUGCAAGCCGCGUAUACUCGCUUGUCGGAAAAGUAGCUCUCUUCGGAUGAAACGGAAUUAACGUUAUAGCAGAUCACCAUUUUAUGACUUUUCUUUGACACUUUGUUUUCGCUAUUCGGACAAGCAUUAGGAAACAUCAGGAGAAUUAUUGCAUUUAUCUUUACCCGCAGCUCCUUUUUAGAGCUACAAAUAUAAAACCUAAUAUCUGUAUUCCUUGCGAUUCACAUGCUUUGGAGUUCUAUGACUUGCAGAUAAUAAAGCAGCAACAUGAGAGCUCAAAUUGAAGUGAUACCUUGCAAAAUAUGCGGGGACAAAUCGUCAGGCAUCCACUAUGGGGUGAUCACCUGCGAAGGCUGCAAGGGUUUCUUUCGGCGCAGCCAACAGAAUAAUGCCAUGUACUCAUGCUCACGGCAGAGAAAUUGCCAGAUUGACCGCACCAACCGCAACCGGUGCCAACACUGCCGCCUGCAGAAGUGCUUGGCUCUGGGCAUGAGCCGCGACGCGGUCAAGUUCGGCCGCAUGUCCAAGAAGCAGCGCGACAGCCUCUACGCCGAGGUCCAGAAACACCAGCAGUCCCAGGAGCGGUCCGCUGUUCCUGCCAAUGGCAGCCUGGGCAUAGUGAGCACCAGGGGUGUGGACGACGGGGUCGGAGACGGCGUGGUCCUUGGCGGACACACCACACGCACCUACAGCCGCGGCUCCAGCUCUGCGCUCAGUGACCUGGACGACAUUACCGACCUGCCCGACAACCUGCUCUUCGACCUGCCCCUCACGCCGGAGGGAGGGGCAACUGGCGGGGGCAACUAUUGCAACCUGGAGCUGAUUGGGGGCAGCGGGGGCAGUAGCAGCUCACACAGCUCCUCACAGAGCUCGCCUGAGCAGAGCGGCCAAGAGUUCAGCGACGGGGGCAGUGGCAGCGGAGGAAGAGGAGGCCCACACAUCAAGCAGGAGUACCAGCUGCUGCACGACUCCAACCUGUUCACACACUCGUUCCUCAACGGCUCGUCCGAUGGUUGCUCCAUGAUGGAAAUAGAUCACAUCACCCAGAACGUGGUGAAGUCCCACCUGGAGACCAGUCAGUACAGUUUAGAGGAGCUGAAGAGGCUGGCCUGGACCUCCUACAAUGCAGAGGACACACGCUGCCAUCAGAGCAAGCCCGUGGAGGUGAUGUGGCAGCAGUGUGCCAUCCAUGUCACCAACGCCAUCAAGUACGUGGUGGAGUUCGCCAAGCGCAUCGAUGGAUUCUUGGACCUCUGUCAGAACGACCAGAUCAUUCUUCUGAAGGCAGGCUGCCUGGAUGUUCUUCUGAUCCGUAUGUGCCGUGCCUACAACCCUGUUCACAACACACUGCUCUUCGACAACAAGUUUGCGGGUGCUCAGCUCUUCAAAGCUUUAGGCUGCGAUGACCUUGUGAAUGCCGUGUAUGAACUGGCCAAGGGCUUCAAUCGCCUCCAGCUCAGCGAUGAGGAGAUGGCAUUGUUCAGCGCUGCCGUGCUCCUGUCUCCAGAUCGGUUAUGGUUGACAGACACGCAGCAGGUGCAGAAGCUUCAAGAGAAAGUGUACCUUGCACUACAACACAGUCUGCACAGAAGCGGCGCUUCAGAGGAGAAACUGACAAAGAUGGUGUCCAAGUUGCCCAUGAUGAAAUCCAUCUGCAACCUCCACAUCGACAAGCUGGAGUUUUUCCGUCUGCUUCACCCGGACACAGCCUUCAGCUUCCCCCCGCUCUACCGGGAGGUCUUCUGCAGCGAGGUCAACUUCCCUGACUCCACAGCGGGCUAGAGUCCCAUGUUAGGCACAGAGAGACUGACAGACAGACAGACAGAUUUGAGGGACAGAGAAAGAGAGGGGGGGGAGGGGGGGAGAGUCAGAACAAAGUGGCUGAAAGCAACCAGCAGCUCAACGACAAUCUUGCACAGAACACUUUAGGACACACUAACCCCCCUCAUGUCUGACCUCCCGCCCUAUGAUGGGGUAUAACUUGCACUGCGCCGUGAGCAGGUCCAGGUUGUUGUUCUCACUCGAUGUAAAAGACACUAGUCGCUGGGUACUGUGCAUGCUACCUAAUGUUAUCCUUUUUUUUGGCGUACUGGAUAGAGUAAUUUGGUUUUGGGUUUUCAUGGUGCUGAAGCUCGGGUUUCUGAGAUAGUCCGAGUGUGGUGGGACUACACACCUCUUGUUUUUAUGUCCCUUAUUUUUGUGCAGAUCAUGUUGAAUGUACCUUGCCAACAUGCAGCACAGUCCCAGAUCGUCAUACGUAAAGCUGACCCAGACAGCUUUUGUGCUUGUAAAUGCCUGAUUUGACUUAGAUACAUGAACCUUCAGGAGUGCUCACACUCUAUAUUUCACUCAUCCUAUGAACAAACAGUUUAAAGGGACCAAGACCACACUACACCAUGCAGUGCAGGCGCAUCGUUUCUUUCUUUAAAAGCUUUAUAGCAAACAAAUCACUGUAAGUCACACAGGCCCAAGCUCUUGCAUAUGCAACACAUGCAACGCAAAGCACUUAUGGUGCCGACCUGUGCGUGUUUUUAUGGACAGGCACACAACCAGUGUUUUUAAGCGUUUGGUUCUUUCUUUUUGUUUUGUUUUUGUUCUCUUUCGAAUGCAAUCAAAAACCUCAGUCCCACUUCCUUUUCCCUUUCAAAUGCCACUCGGACAGUGUGAGAGAAAGUGAGAGAGUAAAGCAGAUAUUUUUGUAAUGUUUCAUUAAUUUAUAAAUACACUCACAUUAGUUUGAAAUCUUACAGAAAAUGAAAUGCAUAUAUAUAUAUAGAGAGAGAGAGACAGAGGGAUAGAUUUAUAAAUAGAUCCAUACACAGUGUAUAGCAUCAGAAUGAGAAGGAUUUAGACAGAGGAUAGAAUACCAGAGCGGUGUGAAUGUCCUUAUCCCCCCUGUUAAGUACAGGCUGCUUCAGAACAGAAGAGCAUUGAUGAAGUGAUUGGCAUUUUAAAAUUGAUUUGACAUCAGUAUAAUUAUGGUGAAUUCCUGAGGCAGAUGAAAGAGCACUUACUGACUCAAGACCUCCCCCAUACACUCGCACCACUACCACCACCUCUGCCAGAGACUUGGGACUCAUAACAAGACAUUUUCAGUUGGUCCCUCACCUCACUCAGGUCCCCCUCUGGAAGUGUCACAGACUCACAGUCGCAGACUAACACAGGACCUUCGCCGAGGUUCGCUGUCUGAGAGAGAGCUGGACGGAAGGGUGCAGGGCAGGCUUCAGCUGGAAGAGAGCAUUCCCGGAACAGAGGAGCGACUGGAAUGUUGGGCCAUCCCCCCAACCCUUCAGCCCCCCCCCCCCCCAACCCAAGUAGUGCUGCAAGAAUCCGCAGCUAAGUGAAGACUGUGGGAAAGGGGCGCCCAGACAGCAGUGGAGGCAGCCGGACACUUUGAACUUGGGUGUUUGGAGAGAGAGACAGACAGGAAGAGAGGAAAAGGAGAAGAAAAACAGACACUGCAGAUACCUCCUCUUUCAAACUCUGAGGUGGUGUGCUGUCCCACUCUCUCUCUCUCUCUCCUCUUCUAACAUACGUGUUUAUCCUGUGGCUUUGCUUCGUGUAUGAAAGUGCUAAUUCUCUUCAGGAUCAGCAUCGUGUUCAUGUUGUGUAUUCACCCUCCCACUAUCCCUCAUUCACGUUACAGCACAACUAAAGGUUGACAGAGCCAUCAGCUACCCCCCUGAGUUAGGGAUUAAUAAUGGUAAGGUAAUAUAUAGAUCAUAUUUUACAUAGCUACCAAAGGACAGAAGAAGAAACAAAUCUAUUUUAUGCAGAUGUAUUUUUCCACACAGUUUGUUAGAGCUCUAUAGAUUAAAAGGGUUUUAUCGGAUCUUUUCUGACCUUGCAGUACUUGGCCACAUUGUACAGUGUUUGCAAAGCCUAGCCUUUGGCUUACUCGAGUGUUCACGGCCUGAGUGCAUACGAACGGGGAAGUCCAGCAAAGCUGCAGAUGCAUAUCUCUAUUAAGAGAUUUUGGUGUGGCAGGAAAAACACUUUGUAACGACCAGGCCCUCUGAGGGGAAUUUCAUAUGAACCUUGGGGCAAGAUUACAGGACAAAAAAAGCUUUUUAGUUGUGUUGAUAAAUAGAAACAGAAGAUAGCAAUUAUACUUGGAUUUUUCCUGUUCGGCUCUUUUAAAGUACUACAGAAAGUUUCACAUUUUGCACUGCUGGAACAGUGCCCUCCUCCAUGACUGUAUAUUUUUGUUUUCUUGAUGAACUUGAUAAGAGUUUAUAUAUUCAUUUUAUUUUCUGGGUGCUCAAGACAGUGUCAUAAUGGGACUGUGCAAUAAUCAGUCUUUUCAGUCAGUUUCUCCAGAGUAAAGUCUCUCUUGUCCAAAAGGAGGCUACUCUGACUCCACAAGCACUCCAGCAGGCAUCGGUUAACAAACAGUCAUCCCAGACACCUCAUUCACACACCAGUUAAGCAGCAACUGACUUCAGUGGAUUCGUAAGGCAGUGUAAGAUUGUAACGGUGAACAUGCUUGUUAAGUGUCUAGAUUGUCAUUGUAUGUUGUGAAGUGUAAUUUGCAGCCCUGAAAAAAAAACUUCCACGUUCCCCCCCCCCCCCCCCCCCCCCCCCCUGUGGAAGCAGUUGACAAAAGGUGUGUGCAAUUACAUUUACACUUGCAGUCACUCAGGGAGAUAGCUGGGCUCUCUGUCUGAAAAGUGUCUUCUUCAGUUAGCCUAGCAAGACACCUUGCACCGAAUAGAAGCCCUUAAACCUUGAUCACUGUGUACAGUAGAUGUUCUCGUGAAUGUUAAUCACCGAAGUAUCAGACUUUACCCCUGUUUGAUAUCAAUAUAAUUGCAGGACAUUUGAGACUGAAGUGUAGAAGUUUAUAGGAUCUAAAAUAUAAGUAUAUAAAAUAUCCAUUGUAUGUGUAAACACUACGAUGGGUUUUAAUCUCUGAAUCUUGUAUUGGUUGUUUUUGUUGUGAUCAUUUGUUCCUUCAUUUCUGUCAUUUUCUGUAUUUCUUUUCCCUCACCAGUGUAGUGUUCUCAUUUUGUCUCGGAGAACUAUAAUUCUAUUUUUUUUAAAGAUUUUUUUAAAAGAAGAGUCUCCUCGGUUAAGUUAAAUCAAGUGCUUCAGCUGCCAAACUGCUGUGAGUCUCAGCAACUUUUAGUAGCUGAAGGACUGGAUUUAAUUUGUCCCUGUCAUGAUCCCAGCUGUCAUACUUUCAUUUUAUUUGAGAUUAUUAAAAUCACAUGUAGAUUUUAAUAAAUAUAAUUUAUGAUAUUAAAAAACAAAUUAUAAGAUAUUAAAAAAAAAACAUGUUUUAAGUGGUAUUGUUGUACAAUGGGGAUCCCGAUGUGGAUUUAAGAAUGUAAUAAAGAUCUUUUACAGAAAA